UCUCAAUUAACCAUGGCUUCCGUCUGUCGACUGCCCUUUCUCCUGCGCACCUCCAGCCGCCCCUUGUGUCGGCUGGGACGAAGCCCCCUCACGCAGUCCCCCGCAUUGCGGACACUGGCCACCAAGCAUCCCCAGGGCUUCACGCCGCCCACCGAUGACGAUCUUCAUGAGCUACGGGAGCGGGUCCAGGAGUUUACUCGUCGUGAAAUUCCCGAAGAAGUAGCCGCGCGUACAGACGCCCAGAAUGAAUUUCCCGCGGACAUGUGGAAGAAACUGGGCGAUGCCGGGCUCCUCGGUGUCACCGCGAAUGAAGAAUACGGGGGUCUGGGAAUGGGCUAUCAGGCGCAUUGCAUCGUCAUGGAGGAGAUGAGCCGCGCAUCAGGAAGCAUCGCCCUCUCCUACGCAGCACACUCCCAGCUCUGCGUCAACCAGCUCUCCCUGAACGCGUCCGCCGACCAAAAAGAGCGCUAUCUCCCUGGUUUACUGUCCGGCGAGAAGAUCGGUGCUCUGGCAAUGUCAGAACACUCCGCCGGGUCAGACGUCGUCAGCAUGAAGACCACAGCCAAGGCAGUGGACGGGGGAUAUCUGUUGAACGGAACAAAGAUGUGGAUCACCAACGGCCCCGACGCAGACUACAUCGUAGUGUACGCCAAAACCGAGCCCGAGAUGGCCUCCAAGGGCAUCACGGCAUUCAUCGUAGAAAAUUCCUUCAAGGGGUUCUCGUGCGCCCGCAAGCUCGACAAGCUCGGCAUGCGCGGCUCCAACACCGGCGAACUCAUCUUCGAUAACGUUUUCGUGCCGCACGCUAACGUCCUCGGCGAGAUCAACAAGGGCGUGCGCGUCCUGAUGGAAGGUCUGGAUCUGGAGCGACUGGUUCUCAGCGCCGGUCCGUUAGGAAUCAUGCAAUCCGCCCUCGACCUCGUCCUCCCCUACACGCACGUCCGCAAACAAUUCAACACUCCCAUCGCGCAUAACCAGCUCAUCCAGGGCAAGCUAGCAGACAUGUACACCAAGCUGGCGGCCUCGCGGGCCUACACUUACACCACAGCACGGGAGAUCGACAACUCCGCCGCGACGGGGGUGAAUAUCCGCACGCAGGACUGCGCCGGCGCCAUCCUGUACGCUGCGGAGCGGGCGACGGAGUGUGCGCUGGAUGCGAUCCAACUGAUGGGUGGGAAUGGGUAUAUUAAUGAGAUUCCGGCGGGUCGGUUACUGCGGGAUGCGAAGCUUUAUGAGAUUGGGGCUGGGACGAGCGAGAUUCGGAGGAUGGUUAUUGGGAGGGUGUUUAAUAGGGAGUUUGCGUAGUGGUUUUUAUCUCUUUGGGUGUGGUGAUUGAUGUUCAUAUUGCAUGUCC